AUGAGGAUAGAGUGUCCAAACUAUCUUGUAAAGGAAAAGACUGAGAAUUCAAAAGUUAAAGGGUUGGUUGCUACCUUGAGUGAUUUUGAGAGUGAUAUUUCUAAUGAGUAUGAGGACGAAUGCAGUCAUUAUAUGGCUUUUGCUGCCACAACCGAUAAGGUGAUUGUGGAGAGUGCUAGUGAUAGUGAGGAUUCUUUUGAUGAUGAAGUUGGUGAGGAUUAUCGGAAAGAACUAUUUGCAGUGAUAACUUGGUCUCUGUGGAAUAGAAGAAAUGCCAUUCACUUCGGUUGGCAAGCCCAUCCUCUAUCCCAAAUUUGCAUCGUAGCAAGCUCGUUGCUCCAGGAGUUCUUGGCGAUACAGGUGGAGGAUCAAUCCAAGCCUCGGCCAAUUCUACAGCAACAAUGGCGCCCACCUGACUGGGGCACACAUAAUAUCAACUUCGAUGCAGCAGUUUUUGGAGCGACAGACUCAGCAAGGAUAGGAGUCAUCGUUCGAGAUUGGCGCGGCGAGCCAGUCAGAGCCCUAUCCAUGGCGGUCCCGAUGGCGAAUUUGGUCUCAGACUUGGAGGUAGUGGCGUGUCGGCGUGCUGUCAACUUUGAAGCUGAACUUGGUCUUCAUAGUGUCACUUUUGAAGGAGACUCAGCGAUCGUUAUAAAUGUGGUUUCCCAGGGAAAUGUAGUGUUAGCAACUUACGAAAACAUCGUGGAGGAUAUUCGUUCUUUAUCUUCAUCUUUCCUGUCUUGGUUUUUUACUUAUGUUCACCGUAGUGGAAAUGUAGUGGCUGAUUUCUUAGCCAAAAAAGCUAGAUACUUAGAUGGCUGUCAGCUUUGGACCUCUACUAUGCCUGAGGACAUAAUGGCUGUGGCUAGUUUUGAUGUUCUUUAG